UUCUCAGCCCCUCCGGCGGGCAGUUGGCUCCAGGCUCGCUCCUCGCGGAAGAAGCGCUGCCCGUACAGCAAAUUCCAGACGCUGGAGCUGGAGAAGGAAUUCCUGUUCAACAUGUACCUGAGCCGGGAGCGGCGCUGCGAGGUGGCGCGGCUGCUCAACCUCAGCGAGAGACAGGUCAAGAUCUGGUUCCAGAACCGCAGGAUGAAGAUGAAGAAGAUGAACAAGGAGCAGGGCAAGGAGUGAAAAAAAAUAUAUAUAUAUAUAUGGGAUUUAGCGGGUUUUUUAGCCUCUCUCUGGGUGAAAAAUCGCGGGUUUAGCCCCUCUCUCAGCAAAAAAAUCGCAUUUUUUACCCCCUCUCUGAGCAAAAAAAUCGCAUUUUUUAUCCCCCUCUCUGAGCUCAAAAAUCUCAUUUUUAUCCCCACUCUGAGCUCAAAAAUCGAAUUUUUACCCCAU